AAGCAACAAAGAGAUGAGUAGAGGAGGAGAAGUUUCUAAUCUCAUUAUCCCUACCUAACCUAAUCCACCAGGAACAACACCUCCAAGUCAUCCAUACCCUCUCAUACAUGUUGUACUCCUCAUACUCAUAAGAUACAUACACAUAUGCACCGUAAUACAAGCUGAUCCAUACCGAUAAGGAAAAAAAGAUGGCAGACAUGCAGGAUACGAUGUUGCUGGGUUUAGAGGGAAUCAAGAAAACUAUUCUACAUGGAGGGACUGGAGACAUCCCAAAACUCAGAACUGGGGCAAAGGUGACGUUCCACUUUCGCACCCAGUUGUGUGAUGAUGACCGUACAGUCAUAGAUGACAGCAAAGUGGUGGGGACCCCAAUGGAAGUAGUGAUUGGCAACAUGUUUAAACUGGACAUCUGGGAGACCCUGCUGUCCUCCAUGAGGAUCGGUGAGGUGGCUGAAUUCUGGUGUGACAUCAUUCACACUGGUGUUUAUCCACUUGUAGCCAAGAGUAUGAGGCGCAUUGCAGAGGGCAAAGACCCUGUCGACUGGCACAUCCAUACAUGUGGUAUGGCCAACAUGUUCGCCUACCACAGCCUUGGCUACGAUGACCUGGAUGAGCUGAUGAAAGAACCACAACCCCUCUACUUUGUUUUGGAGCUGAUCAAGGUGCAGCAGCCUAGUGAGUACAACAGGGAGACGUGGGCUAUGAGUGAUGAAGAGAGGCUGAAGGCCGUCCCCAUUCUACACGGCCAGGGGAACAAGUUCUACAAACAAGGACAGUUCCAAGAGGCUACGCAAAAAUACAAGGAGGCCAUCAUCUGCAUCAAGAAUGUUCAGACGAAGGAAAAAGCAUGGGAGGUCCCGUGGCUGAAGCUGGAGAAGAUGGCCAACACAUUAACACUCAACUACUGCCAGUGUCUACUGCGCAUGGAAGAGUACUACGAGGUCAUUGAGCACACCAGCGACAUUAUCAACCAGCACCCAGGUGCAGCAAAGGCCUUCUUCCUGCGAGGAAAGGCCCACAUGGAAGUGUGGAACGAGGCGGAGGCCCGACAAGACUUCAGCAGGGUGCUGGACCUUGACCCUGGCAUGAAGAAAGCCAUCAAGAAGGAACUGGCUUUGCUGAACAUGCGUAUGGAAGAGAAGAACCAGGAGGACAGGAAUAAAUACAAGGGCAUGUUUUGAGCAGGAGAGACGAGACGAAAAUCAGAGCAGUGACAAGCUCAAGAGGAGAAAAGUUGUCACAAAUCUCCAUGCUUAAUUUUUGACUCCCAUUAGGGUGAAAGUCCAAUAAAAUUUAAAGUUACAUAAACCUUUUGGCCUGUCUUUCUUUUUCCUCAAAUCCAUGUUUAAAACAAUCUAUAGAAAUUAAAUUGUGCAUUCACUGGUAUUUUAUAUUCCUAAAGAUGUACCUAAAUGCUAAAAUAAUGGAUGCAUUAAGUGAUCUAAUAAUGAUUACAGAGUUUCUCAAAGGUACAGUAAUGUUUAUUUUCUUUCUUCAAAAUCCA